GUUGCUUGAUGUAAUGAAUGGGAGCGAUGGUGUAAACUGCUUGAGUAACAAAAGAUACUGGUUUGACAAAAACAACAAAGACAUAAUGUGUGACUCAAACGGAACUGUUGACAAGAUUGUGAUCAAGUUUCCUAAGAAAUUAAAUAUAUGUUCUAUUUAUAUUAGCGGAGGAAUAAACGUAGCUUAUGGACAACAAACAAAUCAAUCAAGUACAUAUGAUAAAGCCACAUCGGAUAAAGCAGUUGAUGGUAACACAGACAGUGACUUUGACAAGGGCAGCUGUACUCACACUGAUGAUUCUCUAAAUACCCCACAAUGGUGGGCUGUAACAUUUAACAGAACUGAAUACGUCAACAGAUAUGUACUUUAUAAUAGAGGUCAUAACCAAGGGAGACUGGGUAGUUUUAGACUUCAUAGUGGUGCAGAUAUACAGAUGUUUACUUACAAUGAUCCUGGAACAACACAAGAUCAGUACACCAUAAUAACAUUACCGACCCAAGUGUCGUAUGUGAACAUCUCAAAAGUUAUUAAAACAUCAAAAACCGAAUACAUUAUACUGACUUUAUGUGAGGUCGAGGUUUAUGCUGAGCCCGUGUGUAGCAGCGGAAUGCAUGGUGUCAUGUGUGAGAAAAAAUGCAACUGUACUAAUUCAGCUGACACGUGUUUUCCUGUUACCGGGAGGUGUAAAUACAAAUGCGCACCAGGAUUCAGGGGGAUAAAUUGUAAUCAAUCUUGUUCACAGAGUUACUGGGGUGUUAACUGUGAAAACAGAUGUCUUUAUUGUGUGAACGGCAAGUGUGAUUCUAGAACAGGACUGUGUGCUGAAGGUUGCUUAGGGUACAGCGAUCCACGAAAAUGUAGUAAAAUAUGUAAGAUAAACAAGUAUGGAAAGAACUGUAGCCGUAACUGCUCCACAAAUUGCCUGGAACGUAAAUGUAAUCACACGAACGGCAUCUGUUUCAAGUGUAUAAGUGGUUUUCAAGGAGACUUCUGCAAUCAAACCUGCGACCCAGGGUACUACGGCACAAGCUGUUUGCUACAAUGCAACAAACACUGCACUGAUCAGUUAUGUAACCAAACCACAGGACACUGUUUUAGGUGUCACCCUGGGUACUAUGGUGAUACCUGUGAGCUCAGGUGCAGUGAUCAGUGUGGUGGUGACCGGAUGUGUGACGUCAAUGGGACCUGUCUCUAUGGCUGCUCAGAUGGUUACCAUGGUGAUAAGUGUUUAGACGCCUGUAACGAAUAUUAUCAUGGUCUGAACUGUUCUGAACGUUGUAGUUCGUAUUGUGGAGGGAAUGGGUCAUGUGACAGUGUCACUGGGACGUGUCUUGAGAACUGCACUAGUGGCUACAUGGGGUCACAUUGUAAUGAAUCAUGUGUGGACGGCACCUGGGGAGAUCGCUGUAGUUAUAACUGUAGUAGAUUUUGUAAGAGAUCAUUGAACAACACUUGGUGUGAUCCUGUCAAUGGUACUUGUCUAAACGGCUGCACAGAAAACAGAUACGGGGCUGUUUGCUUGAAUGAAGCCCUCAGUUAUCAAGAUAAAACAUCCGCAUUGUACAGUAUCUUAGGAGUGGUACCGAUGAUUGCUGCUGUCGUCAUUAUAAUCGUUAUUAUCAAAUGGAGAAAAUCUAAAAAAGCUCAAAAAACAAUAUCUACAAAACCUAAAGAGUUAACGCAAACGAAGCAAAUAACUACUUUAGAGUACACAUCAAUAGCUGCGAGUGACCUGUGCACAUUUAUCAACUCACACACUAGUGAGUACUAUAGUGAUACAUUCGUGACCAUCCCUACACCUAAAAAUAGAAGUAUGACUGUUGGUCUCGGUGACAUAAAUAAAAGUAAAAAUCGCUACAAAAAUGUGUGUGCAUAUGAUGAAACAAGGGUCCGCCUUUCUGUAGACAAGAGUACGGAUGAAUCAGACUACAUUAAUGCAUCUUUUAUAAGGACAUUCAAGCUAGAAUCCAACAUUAUUGCUGCACAAGGACCCAAUAAGUCAACUAUAACAGAUUUUAUACGAAUGCUAUGGGAACAAGAGGUCGAAAAGAUUGUUAUGUUAACUAACAUCAUCGAGGAAGGAAAGAGCAAGUGUGAGCAGUACUGGCCUGACGACAACCAAACACGUUUCAACAACUUCACUGUCAAGUUAGCCUGCACUCAAGUCUUUGCUCAUUACACCAUUAGAAAGCUGAAACUCUGCAAAGACGGGGAAGCUGAACGAAGCCUGACACAAUUCCACUACACAUCCUGGCCUGACAAAGGUGUACCCGCCACACCCUGGGCGCUGGUAGAUUUCCAUCAACAGGUCGAGCUUUGUGCAACAACCAAACCCGUCCUAGUUCACUGCAGCGCUGGUGUAGGCCGUACCGGUACUUACAUAGCUCUCUGUAACGUCCUACAGAUGGUAGCGGACACAGGGAUGGUAGAUUUUUUCAGCACAGUCACCAAACUACGCGAGGAUAGAAUCAUGAUGGUACAAACUGUGGAGCAGUACGAGUUCUUACACAAAGCGUGUCUGGUAGCAAUGUACUGCAGGGACAAAACUCUUCCAUUGGCGAACGUUAGUGACACAAGUAUAAACUACAACCGUCAGGAAUACAGUGAGCUUUGCAAUAUUGUAGCAAGUGUAAGGAAAAGUGAGGAAGAUCAUGACCAGGAAACUGUUUACCAAAACUGUGACGUAUCAAUCGGAUUAUCAGAUUUGGAUGCGACUACUAAUGUAAUAUUUUUAUCGAGCUUUACAAAACUAGACGAUCAAAUUGUGUCCCAAGCCCCACAGAAUUCCAAUAUGGCAGACUUCUGGACACUGGUCACUCAGUACGAAGUAUCUGUGAUAGUGACUUUUGAAUCGGACAUGGAAUCUCAACCAGAAAAUGAACUGGCAUCCUGUAAGUAUUUCCCCGUCGAUGGAGCCGAUCCUCUCAAUGUGGCUACCUACAGCAUCACAACAGAAAGUUUAAAAUAUGGGCAGUACUGGGAGACACGAAACCUGAAGGUUCACAACAACAAUACGGUUCAGUUGGUGAACCAAAGUACUAAUAAAGAACUAGACGGUUUUAGUGUAACCCUAUUGAAAGUCACAAACUUAGACCUGGAUCCAUUGAAAUUGCUAACUCUGCUGAAACAUAUCCGAGGGCUGAAAGCAGGGGACAAAGGCCCUGUCAUGUACGUGUACAGAGAUGACGCCACUUUCUGUGGCCUGCUGGCUGCUCUAAGUCUGGUGCUUGAUAGACUAGACUACCAUCACACCCUCACAGUACCGCUAGUGGUGGGCUCGGUCAAAUCUCUUUUACCCACAGCCAUCCCCACAGAGGAAGAGUACGAGGUCAUCUACAAAGUGAUACAGCACUAUGUCAAGUGUGUGUGUUUGGAUAAAGUGGACGGAGAUUGCUCGACAAGGAAGGACAUGAACUGUGUUUUCAGUGACGAUCACGUGUAUGCCAACACAAAGGUCAUUUACACACUCACUAGCUAACUUCAAGCUUUGCUGGAGUUUUUU